AUGCCCUUCCAGAGGUCCAUUCGUAUCGACGCCAAAAACCCCAAUCCAAAGAUAGCUUACGAUGUCUACAAGGGACAUCCUGAUAAGCUUGGGGACUCACCAAACCCAAUUAUAGUUCUUCAUGGAUUCCUCGGCUGUAGAGAGGAACUCCGUCCGAUUAGCAAGAUUCUAGCCACGGAACUCAAGCGAGAUGUGUAUAAUCUGGACCUUCGUAACCAUGGCGAAUCUGGCACCAAAUGGAGACAUGACUACCUCAGAUUGGCGCUGGACAUCCGAGGACUUAUGCAAGAGAACAACCUCAAAAAUGUGUCUCUUGUCGGCAAUCAGAUGGGAGCCAAGACAGCCAUGACUCUAGCCCUCUACGACCCAAAACUCGUGACCAAUAUUGUCUCCAUCGACAACUCGCCGGUCUGGAAACCCCUUCCGCCGGUUUACUUACAAUGGCUCCACGCCUAUCGGCAAAUCCUCAAGAUGCGCAUUACCGAGCUCCGAGAGGCGCGCAGAGUGAUGUACUAUUGGAAUCGGAAGGCAGGGAUGCGGCCUUGGCUCCUCCGAAAUCUGGAGAAGCACGACGAUCACCCCUAUGUAAGGCCGCGGAUCCCGCAGAAUAUCCUGUGGGAGGCCCGCGAAGCGAUGGGGGAGUUCCCGUUCCGGGAGGACGUUGCGAAUCGGUUCAGCGGGCCGGCGCUGUUCCUGCGCUCGCGUGAUAGCUACUACAUACCCGAGGUCAAGGGGGCCGAAGCCAUCCGCUCUUUCUUUCCUACCUCCUACAUUGAGGAAGUAGACUAUGAGGGGCUUCACCUGGCUCUGGAAAAGCCGGAGCUGGUUGCGAAUGGUAAGGUUUUCCUACUCGCUUUCAUCUGUUUGUUCUCGUGCUGCUCUCUUUGGAACAUUCGUUCUCCUCUUGUUAUGCGCGAUAGUUUAUGA